AUGUUAGUAACCGUCACAAUUCUAUACAAUUUGGUAUUUGUGAUCGGCCGUGGCGUAUUCUGGGAGCUGAACAAUUCCAUGCCGACCAUCUGGUGGAUACUGGACUACGCUUCUGACGGGAUCUACGUAGUCGACACAUUAGUACAUGCACAUGAAGGUUUCCUGGACCAAGGUCUCAUGGUCCGCAAUUCUCAUAAGCUGCGGGAAAACUACUUCAGCACGUCCAAAUGGAAAUCAGACUUCUUGAGUCUGCUGCCCACCGACUUGGCGUACUUGUGGUGGCCGUCCGGCAGCUGUUCGGCAUACGUCCUGCCCUGUCCUGUAAUCGUCCGUGCCAAUCGACUGCUUCGAGUACCGAGGAUGCUGGAGUUCUUCGACCGAACAGAAACCAAAACCGGGUACCCAAACGUGUUCCGCAUUUGCAAGGUGGUGUUCGCCAUACUUAUACUCAUACACUGGAACUCAUGCUUAUAUUUCGCUAUAAGCUAUGUGAUCGGGUUUGGGUCAGAUAAUUGGGUGUACAACUUGCAAGGUACUAGGAAUUCAUCGCUUUCUAGACAGUAUAUUUACUGUUUUUAUUGGUCGACACUUACGCUCACAACUAUAGGAGAGACACCGCAGCCGGAAAACGAACUGGAACACGUGUUCGUGGUGGCCGAUUUCCUUGCCGGUGUGCUCAUUUUCGCCACUAUUGUGGGCAAUAUCGGCAGUAUGAUCAGCAAUAUGAAUGUGGCCAGGGUAGAGUUCCAGAAUCGCAUGGAUGGCGUUAAACAGUACAUGGCCUUCCGGAGGGUUUCCAAGGAGCUGGAGGCAAGAGUUAUCAGAUGGUUUGCCUAUACCUGGGCUAACAAACAGGCUCUUGAUGAAGAACGUGUAUUGGCAGCUUUACCAGAUAAACUAAAAGCUGAGAUAGCUAUACACGUACAUCUUGACACAUUAAAGAAGGUCGAGAUAUUUCAAGACUGCGAACCUGGCCUAUUAGAAGAACUCGUGCUCAAGCUCAGACUCCAAGUGUUCAGCCCUGGAGACUACAUAUGCCGUAAAGGAGAUGUGGGAAAAGAAAUGUACAUAGUAAAGAGAGGCAUUCUUAGUGUCGUUGCCGACGACCAAAAAACCGAAAUCGCCACUUUAAGCGCUGGAAGCGUUUUUGGAGAGGUAAGCGUACUAGAAAUAGCUGGAAACAAAACAGGCAAUCGUCGCACAGCCAACGUCCGGAGUUUAGGGUACUCUGAUCUAUUUUGUCUGUCCAAAAGAGAUCUCUGGGAAACACUAAGGGAUUAUCCUGAAGCUAGACACAGCCUAAUGCAACGUGGUUGUCAGCUACUGCGAAAGGAUAGACUAUUAGAUGAGGACGCGUUCCUGCAAGCUCAGACGCAAAAUGAAACCAUAAACGAAGCAGUGUCUAGAUUAGACUGUAACCACCCGAACCGAGGAGUGGAAGGAUACAUUAGAUUAGCCAACAGCCGGGACGAAUUCGGACAGCCGACUCUGCGGCAGUCCAAUCGCAAGCAGUCAAAGAACAAGUCAAAAUUCUCGACGGUCGUUAUCAAACCAAACCGGAAGCAAUUCGCUCAAGUUUAUACCACAAUGAAAGAUGUAACUACUCGGUUGUCAAAUCUCGUGACCGAAUAUUACAACCAAAAUGUCAAGCUCAAUGAAAAAAUUACCGAAUUGGAGGAACAAAUACGAGUUGUCAAAUAUCAUUCAAUAACUGAUUCAAAAUACGAGGAUCAACAGGGUUCGAAUGUUGAAAAUGACUCAACUUCGUCAUCUAGCCAAUCAACGGUAUUCGGGACUUAUGCCACAAGAAGAUCGUUUAACGUUCCCAAGAAUUCUUGGGCUCGAAGGCGUCGUAAACUUAAGUCUACCUGA